AUGGCACAACCCGAGCUCAACUCCCUCAUGCGUGCUGUUCAACGCGUCGGGUCUGUUGUAGAACGGGUAUAUGGAGCGGAUGGGCUCACAGUGGCGUGUCAGGACGGUGCAGCUGCGGGCCAAUCUGUCCCACACGUUCACUUCCAUCUCCUUCCCCGAAAACUUGCCGGCGACCGUUUUUCUGGCGAGGAGAACGACAAAAUAUACCCAGCGCUUGAAAAGGCUGAAGCUGGCUUGAGGGACGAUAUAAGAUCAGAACCUUUACGCGUCGACGCAGAUGAAAGCCGGAGACCUAGAACGAUGAAGGAGAUGGAAGAAGAGGCUAACUGGCUGCGAGGUUUUUUUCCCGACGACCUGUGA